AAUACUGAGCUUUCUUCCGUACCAUUGUGAUCAGUGACCGCAAUAUUUCUUUCACGCCGUCAUACCACUUGCAUCGUCCGCUGCAUGGUAGGCACUGCGCAGCAGCAGUUUGGAUUGACGUUGGGAGCGCUACACACUUCCUCUAAAGUCGACAAAGAUGAACUCAUCCGAGCGUAUCUGCAAUUCCAGAGGACCUUCAGAGCAUCUCACAUUGCAGAAGGACGCGCUGUGCAGGCUGCAUGGGAAACACCCCCUCGUGUGGAAAUCAGCUCUAAACCGACAGAACUGCACUCCAAUGGCUCUCCCCUACUAAAGGCUCGCGUGCCGCUGCCCGCGAAACCGAAGACCCUUGAUGAAGCCGUAGAAGCGCGCCCCAACGGAGAGAAAGCCAAGAAGAAAAAGGGCUCUAAUACAAAGAAAACCAAGAAAGCCAAGAGAACGAGCCCUCCUCGGGCAGCAAGCAAUAAGAAGUACAAGCAAACUAAGAUUGAACAUUUUACGAACAUACGAGAGAAAGAGAAACCUACAUGUGCACAGACGAAUAGCAAGAAGCGCGCUCGCAGCCCCGACUCUGAUGGAGAUGCUCGACUUACACAAAGACGAGAACGAAGACGAGUCAAGCGAGCAAUUCUGCAACCUAGCCCUCCGUCCUCUGACAUCGUUCAUUCAGAUCAACAUGAGACCAUCGACAUGAAGCAAAACCAGAAGCGCGCCAAGAUCAAACCAUCCAAGAAGCCGAAAGGAGGCGAUCUCGCUGCUGGCCUUGCGCUCAUGCAUGGAUUUUCAGCUCCCAACAUAGGGUCUGGCCGGCUUACUGUGAAGCCAUCGUCUGGGCUGUUUCACAAAGGCAAGGCGUUAUCGCCAUCCAGGAGCAAGAAGUCAAACAACACCAAGCUGUUAUGGUCUGAAGCAAAGUUCCUGAACAAAAAGGCCCAAACCCAGCAAUGCUCAACAACCUCGUCCGUCUCUGUUUCUGACGCUAAAUCAAAUAGUAUCACUUCUGGAAGUUCGUCAACGUAUUCCGAGAGGAGCCCAAAAUCAAUUGUCAAGGCGCGCAAAGUCAAAGCACGCAAUGCCUCUCAUCGUCCUGGUUGUCGCGGCACUCAGGAAUCGUCUGAACUAUCAAGCAUGGCUCCAGAAAUCAUCACUGAUGACUCUACGAAAGCUCGAGAGGCUGAAUCUGUGGUCUGGGACAUCGAACUUGGCGACAACGCCUUGGACGUAGAAUCUACGGUUUCACAAAGUAUGGUUGUUGACACCCGAACUCGGAAAUGGACUGCCCAGGAAAGUUACCCGAAUGCUGCUACGUUGCCUGCGGAACCUCUACUCGUUUCAUCUCCAACUGGUCCAGACGACCCUCAACCCGAAUCACAGUCGUCAGUGUCAUUGCGGCCUUCUCAAUCAGCAUCACAAGUUUUAUUCGCAGAAUAUCCAAAACCUGCACCAAUAGAUGUCUCGAAAUACUUCAGAAAUUCGCCUGCAGAGGUCGACUCGCAACCAACCGAAGCCAAACGAGUACAUGUCGAUAACGAUGAAGAUUCGCCCGUGGACAGUAUCGAGGAUGAAUCUCCCGCCCUGCAAGAGCAGCGGUCCACGGUCGAAAUUGGAGAAUUGCCGUAUCGAAGCGAGCUUAUCAGUCCACAACCGUCAUCUGUUCAGACUGUCUGUUCUUUUGACCGCGAACUUCAGUCCAUCGCAGGCUUGCAUCUGCAUCUGUUCGCUGGCUCGUCGGAGGCAUAUCCAGAGGUUGAGAUCAUUCAUGAGAAUACAUCAAACGCGGAGCUUUCUGAGGGAGAAGACGGUGGAAUGGACGAUGCAAGUAUCUGGGUCCAUGAGUCAUUUUCUUUGAGGCCAAAUUUGCAUUCAGGACCCACGCUUUCCGAGGAUGAAGCCAUGUCUCUGGAUACUGCGUUUCACAACUCUUGUGAAGGUGCUUGCUACGAUAGCGACGAAUUUGCAGUCCUUUCUCCCGACGAUGCCUCCGUUUAUUCAGACUCCCAAACGGACACCACACGGCACCCAAACAUGUACGAUGAUGAACAUAAUUUGCGUGGAAUGCCCUUCAACAACGCUAUGGAAAGCGCAUCUGCACCGUUACAAUCUCACGAUCCCGGCAGCGAGGAAUACGCAGCCCAUUCGGCUUCAAUAAUAGAGGACGACGAAGGAUAUCUUUUCGACCUCUGCGAGGGUGAAACUCGCGACGACAUAAUCUCUGUCUCUGGGGAACGGGUAGCAGAAAUCUCCUGGUCUACCUCUUCUAACCCCGCAUCUGAAGAGGAUUCCACCGAAUUCGAGGAGCAGUCUGCACCAUCGGAGCUACAGUAUUUCUCACAGGGCCGUGCGUUGCUUCUUGGCAUUACGAGUGACUCUUUUGACUGCGAAGGCCCAUCCUCAAAUCGACCUCAGGCUUUGUCACAUGUGGAAAGAAAUAUUGCGAGGCAGUUGAAAGGACAUUGGUUACCCCAAAGGCUUUGACUUGUUUAGGAUAAUAUUCUUCUUUACAUCGUAGGCCAGAACGCCACAGUCCGAAGUCAGAAGUGUCAAAGUCAUGACAUCAAAGUAUUAGUUUGUGACAAGCCUAGGCGAGGGACGGUCGAGAGACGCGCUGUGACAAGGUGUGACGGUACGCGUUUGACGCUCACUUUGGCCUCGUCAAAGUCCACCACUUGACGACGCCUCAUAUUUACGCGACGAUCAUCCGAUCCUACACAACUUUUUCUCUCUGGCCAUCUUUACUCAUAGCAGCACAAUUCUCAGCUCACUC